AUGAAUUUGAGAAGAAAUAGACCUGGGACUAAAGCUGCUGAUCUCUGGAAUUGGUAAGAGAAUAUCUAAUCUUUAUAUGACAAAUAGGGAGUAGGAAGACAUUUCAAAUAUGAAUGGGCCUUUUGCAGUUCAAGAAUACCUGCAAGAAUUGAUAAGUAAUUAUUCAUUACCAGUACCGAAUUAUUUAUUUCAAUGAUAGGAAACGAUCCCUCUCUAAUCAAGAAAAUUUGUGAGCCACCAAAAGAGGUAGAUGAAGCAGUUUGGUAAUAUGAGCACAUCAGAUAAUUUAUCCUGGAGCUAAAUUUAUUGGUUGUUUAAUUGCAAGGCAUUUGCACAACUAAAUCCUGCCCUAAAAUGAAGGCUACCGAUGAAUGGCUGUAUUUGUGUGCUUCACAUAAAGCUCCUUAGGAGUGCUCAGCUAUUGACUACAUGAUACACUCUCUUGACAAUUCAACGAGUCUCAUACACAAUAAUAAAAACUUCAACUCCCGUGUCUCAAUCCCAGCUGCAAGUACCAAGCAUCUGUUUUCCAUUGUGAGAAGAUUAUACAGACUCUUUACUCACACAUAUUUCCAUCACCCAGAUAUUUUCUCUGACUUUGAAGCAGAGAUGCACUUAUGUGCUAGAUUUACAGAGUUCGCCAAGCGAUUCAAGAUGAUGAACCAAGAACUCUUUAUUAUUCCAGAUGAAGCACUUCAAAUAUGA